AUGGUGGAAGAUAAAGAACAGGAGCAACAUCAACAAUUUAGAGAGAUGGUGGAGAGAUCUCCACCAAAGUUCAAGAGUUUUCCCUCUCCAAAUGCAUUGAUAUGA